AUGGUCUGGGCGACGCCACCGCCGCCACCGGGCAUGACCACGGCCACAGCCAGCAGCGGCACCGGCAACGCCACCACGCAGCUCCUAGAGAACGGCAACCUGGUGCUACGGGUCCCCGGCGCCGGCGUGGUGUGGAAGAGCUUCGACUACCCCACCGACACACUCCUGCCCGGCAUGAAGUUCAGCAUCGACUUCCAGACGGGGCUGGACCGGCGCAUUACGUCGUGGCGCACCACGGGAGACCCGUCCCCGGGGGACUACACCUUCCGCCUCGACCCACGGGGGUCCCCGGAGCUCUUCCUGUACCGCCGAUCGGCGCGCACCUACGGCAGCGGGCCGUGGAACGGGUACCAGUUCACGGGGGUGCCCAACCUCAAGUCCAACAACCUCCUCACCUUCCGCUUCGUCGCCACGUGCAACGAGGCCUACUACAGCUAUGACGUCGUCGACAGCGCCGCAGCGUCGCUCACGCGGUUCGUACUCAACUCGUCGGGGCAGAUCAAGUGGCUCAUGUGGAUCGACAUGACUCGGUCCUAG